UUCAAAACAAACCUCUUGGGGUGAAAAACGUUCAAACAAUUCCGCCUUUUUGGACUUCGGAAGAAUUUAAGAAUGACAAAUAUUACUUCUUCUGCGGGCAAAGACUUAUUCUUAAGUCCAGAACCUAGCAACAGUCGCCGAAUGAGUCGCCAUUCAGCAGGCAGCAGUGGUUGCAGUGUCCCGCGGUCGUCCGUUUCAUCGUGCAGUUUUGACUCGCCAUCAUCAACAAGGGCAUGCCGUGUGACCGCGUCGAUUCCCCCGUCGCCAUUCAUGCAGAAACUCGGUUGUGGUACGGGUGUCUCGGUAUAUCUCUUUCAAAGGGGGUCGGAUGGAACUGGCUUGUCUCCAUGGGCCGUCAAGAGAACAAGCGCCAGGACCCAGCAGGCCAACUGUGCUGGUAACAUCCCAAACAGUAUUGAGAACAUGCUGGCUAAAGAAGCUAGAAUUCUGAAGGGACUGAAGCAUGCGAACAUCGUAGGGUUUCGUGCCUUCAGUCGGUCCGAGGAUGGAAAACUCUGCCUCUCCAUGGAGAACGGAGAGAAGUCACUGCUUGACAUCAUCGAGCUCAGAGACGAGGAAGGGUGUGGUCCAUUCUCCGCGUCUGAGAUGUACGAAGUUGCUCUUGGUCUUGCCAAGGCCCUGCGCUACCUCCACAGCGAGAAACAUCUUCUGCACGGAGACCUGAAGAGCGGCAAUGUCCUCGUAGGUGGAGACUUUGAUUCCGUCAAGCUUUGUGAUUUUGGCGUUUCCCUGAAGCUGAAGAAAGACUUGACUGGUCUGGAGGACUCAGAUGAGCACUACGUCGGCACAGAGCCCUGGAGUGCCCCGGAGGUGAUCAAUGAGGAGGGACCCAUCACUGACAAGGCGGACAUCUUCUCUUAUGGUUUGGUCCUGUGGGAGAUGAUGUCUCUGACGAUACCUCACUUGGAGUGUUUGGGUGUUGACAACUCCUAUACUGAUGAGAGCAGUAUCGAUGAGUCCUUCAAAGAAGCCCAGUACCAGGCAGCCCUCGGUACCCGUCCACCCCUACCCGACUUCACCCUCGGUACCCAGUACAACCCACUCAUCAGCCUAUUCUGGGCGUGUACUGAGGAGAACCCAGCCAGGAGGCCAUCAGCGAACCUGGUAGUCGAUGCUUUGGAGUCGAUAUCGAUAUCUUGCGACUCCGAAUCAAGCAUGGACAAAGAAAAUAUUCCAAUGGACGACAACCUUUAGGAAAUUUUCUGUGAGCAGGGGAUCAUAAGACCAGGGCCCAAUUUCAUAGCGCUGCUUAGCGGCCGGUUUUGUGCUUACUAUGUGAUUUCCAUUUCAUAGCGCUGCUAACCGUAAGCAAACGAAAAAUCAUGCUAACAUUCCGGUGCUUACCGCAUGAAAGUAAAUGACGUCACAACGCAAAUCCAUGGUAAACGCAGCAAUAUGGCUGCCCAUACCUGUGAAAUACGCUUGAACUGUAAACAAAUUGUUCUGCUUCAGUAAACACGAAAAUUUGUUUACCAUUAAGCAGCGCUAUGAAAUUUGGGCCUGGUCCCAGUUUCAUAGAGCUGCUUAAGCGGCCGAUUUUGUGCUUACCAUGUGAUUUUCCAUUUCAUAGCGAUGCUAACUGUAAGAACACAAAAGCAUGCUAACCAUCCGGUGCUUACUGUGCGAAAAUGAUUGACAUCACAAUGCAAAUCAAUGGUGAACGUGCAAGAUGGCCGCCUAAAUUUCUUGCUAACCUGUGAAAUUUGCUUUCCGUUAAGCAGCGCUGUGAAAUUAGGUCAUGUUCUCAAGACAGGAAAACUUCAAUUGGAGGAGUCAUCAUCAGUUUGUUACAAAAGAUUUUUUUGUUUAAUGACGGACACCAAACAGCUUUCCAAAAACUCCUUUCUUACUUUUUUGACAGGCUGUUGUAGUCAUUUAUUUCAUUUAUUAAUUCUGGAUAUUGUAUAAAUAACUUGUAUAUAUUUUGUACAGAGUGCUGUUAGUGUAAUACGGUCGAGACCUUGUUGCGAUGUUGUUGCAAACACAAUUUUUGUGCAACAUUAGAUUGGAUGUAUAUACACAAAACCGAUGGAGUUAGAUACAACCUUCCUGCCUGGAGCAAACUUUAUUUCCAAGCAUGCAAGAAGUUACCUUUUGACAACAAUUUAAUUAUUUUUUAGAUGAUAUAUUUUCAUAUUCUCCUUUGUACUUAAAAUAAGAGAUAAUUACUAAUCACCAACGGAAACCUCACAUUCUCUCAACUUUAUGAGAUGUUGUCUAUAUUGUCAUAUUAAAUUUAUGUAUCUUAGGAUGAAUAAUCUAACAAAAAAUUUAAUAAUAAUAAUAAUGAAACAUAGCAUUUGUAAGGCGCACUUUCUCUGUAAAAGCAUUCAAAGGCGCCGGUCCAGGUCAAAAAAGAAAGAAAUCUCAGAUGUGUUCAAAGGCCAGUCUGAAAAGAUGUGUUUUAAGGGAAUUUUGGAAGUGAGAAAUGUCAUGUGUAUCUCUUAGACUUUGAGGCAGAGAUUUCCAGACGCGGGGGGCCAGAUUAGAGAAGGCCCUAUCACCAUAAGAGGCGAGGCGAGUCCGGGGAACAAAAAGCAUGCUGCCUGAUGACCUCAGACCUGGCCUAGCUAAUUCUUUAACUAAAUAAUUUAAAACGAUCUCUUGUCACACACAGCGAUUAAUUGAUUUAGAAUCUUCUCAAGAAUGUGGGGUUCUGCAACCUUGUUCCCAGUGGUGUGCGAUCUCUUUUCCCCCUAUAAUACCCAUGCUUUAUCAUAACCCCUGGAAGUGUAACUUUGAAAUAUCCAAAUAUUUUGACAUGUAUGUACUAAGCACCUCACUUGAAUAGAUUUUAACGAGCUUGCAGAGUAAUCUUUUUUGAGUAGCCAAACGAUGUUGUCUUUCAUUGCUUCCCUUCCAGGGGUUAGUGAUGAGAGGCAUCAACACCUUGUGUUGCCCAUGGUAGAGGCUGGGCCAUCUGGUUUUGAAUCCCACCCGAGUAAUAUGCCUGUAGUAUGACUGCAUCCCACACGAGUAGGAUGCUUUUGCCAUGCAAAGGUUAUGGGUUCGAAUUCCACCCAAGUAACAUGCCUGUAGAAUGACUGUAUCCCACAUGAGUAGGAUACUUUUGCCAUGCAAAGGUUAUGGGUUCGAAUCCCGCCGAGUGAUUUGCCUGUGGAUUUGUUUUCACAGAACUUGGGAAAGUAUCGAGUAC